CAGGGCGUUGACAUGAUAGCAAACAGAUCUGAGACCAGACUCGUGAGGUGGUGGGUAACUAGUGGGAAUCUUUUGCAAUGUUAUUGUCAAAAGAAAUAGUAAAUAGGUUUACCUGGACUAAAUCAAAUAUUUCAUGCUUCUCUGCAUAAAUAGCCAUUUCAGGUGGAAUUCUUAGUGGUUUUGCCGUUUCAUCCAUUGCAAUAAGGUGAUUUUCAGUCUGUUUGAUGGGGAAAAGGGACUCCCUGAAAGCCCUCUGAGGCCCCGUUGGUCCUACUUCUAGGCCCUCUGGCUGAGAGAUUGGCUGACCAAGCUAGUCGAAGUAAACAAGCUACGUGUUUUUUGCUCUUUGCUAACCAAAAUGCUAGCUAACUAGCAAAUUCUAACUAUCAGUAAACAUGGCGUUUCACUUGGGUUUUUGACAAAACUAAUUAACUUGUACAAUUAUUGUACAAUAUUUAAUAGCUUAGUUUGGAACUGGCUUUUGGAAAACGGUAAAAUAUUUUCUUACCCGCUUAUAACAUGAAUCCAAGUCGCUUGCCAAGACCCAUUCACACGUUGCUAAGGAAAACGUAAUUGGUGUCAUGUUGCCCAGCAACGUCAGAACGCUCGUUGAUUGUUGGUUCGACUCCUCAAGACAACAUUCUGAGACCACAGUGCUUCGUUGUCAAUCAUGUACUACACACUACAGUGUCUAUCAUUUAGCAAAAUUCUGCGCUAUUUGUAACUUUUUAUCCAGGGAAAAAAUAUUGAUACUGCUAGACUGACUCAGCACAUAGACCAGCAGGUAAACUGUAUUUAUUAGGACCUUUCCAGAGUUGUCUCGAAAACCCAGAACUUACAUUGGUACAAGGCUGUCUGUCUAGAGACUUUGUCCAGAGCAGCAGAGUAUACAUAUUGUGCUGCAGCUCCAUAGUGUAAACUUAUCCAUCUCAAAUGGCAUUUUCCUGUUGACAAGUGUGCACAACUGGCAAGGGUCACAAUGCGUGAGGCAAGAGAGAGGUUGAAGGCCAUUUAACACACACAUAACCUCUUCAAACUGCAGCAGUUCAUUUUCAUAGCAGCCCUAGAGGUCACAAGAGCAUGCUCAUGAUAGGACAGAACCAGUGGCAUCAGUCAUGCAGGUGAGACCAUCUCUCAACAGUUAUUUUCACAGGUCCUUUUUUUAAAUAAAAUAAUGAACCCAUCCCUUAUUGCACACGUUCAAGGGUACAUGGAGCACCACUGUAUUAAUGCCACAGAUCUACAAAUUUUUACCCUCUUCUUGAAAAUUGUGGAUGAGUAGAGGGCUGUUCUGAGGCUCCUGAAGGGCAACAACCAAAGCCCUGGAGGUGUCAUCCUAGACACUUACAGGUUGCUUCUCAGCUACAACUGCAACAUCAGCAAACUGCAGGCCCAUGUACAUCAAGGACCGAGUUCGACAAUAGAUAUGGUAAAUGUUGCAGAAUAUCAGUUGCAUUUUAAACUGGAGUUUUACCCACAUGAUGAAGUGACGAGCUGUGACGAGGCCAGGAACUACUACGGUGGUGUGGUAAGCCUUAUCCCACUAGCACUGGAGCUACUGCAAAGGUUGGCCAGUUCCUACACCUACUGCGGCCAGCACAACACAUCUGCUGGGAAUCCUAAUGUGGAUGUGCUUGAGUCCUCAGGACAGCGAGGUGGGACGGCUGGUGUGGGAGACGUGUCUUUCAGCCUGACUGGGCACGCUACUGGUGCUCAUAACACUAGGAAGACCCAGGCUAAGAGAACAGGCAUGCAAUCAAGCCAGCCUCACCACCAGGAUUAGGCCUUUGACCAUUUCCUCUAUUUUACAUAAAUCAGCAUUGCAAUAAAGUUGGUUUCUCUUGGUUUGACUUGUGAUCAACUAUUACUCAGAACUUGGCAACCAUAUUACACAAUGUUUCAUACAACAGACUGAAACUGGACAAAUAGUUUAACAGCAUUUGCGUUUUGAGACAGAAAUCACUUAUAUCAAAACAAUGCGGUGGCUUUUCUAAACCCCACUGACACUGUAGAACAAGACGGUAAAUAACUCUCGGCGCCCAUAACCACAUCUUGUUAAAUUACCAUGUAGCAAUGUUUGUGUGCUCUCGGCAAACUGGAAAAAAAAGAGACAAUGCAAAAUAUUUGUAUUGAUUUAUAUUGUUCAGUUAAUUUUUUUUCCCUUUUUGUUUUCAGAACAUUUGUAAUCAGAACUGUCUUAACAUACCGUCAGAUUCACUGUACCAUAGUUUCCUCAUUCCGAUGGUGUUUAACAUUGAUUUACAUGCCUGAUAACAAAAGAUGUGGGGGAAAAAAGGAACACUUGAAUUGACACCAGGAUCUUGGACAGAGACCAUGCUUUGAGGAUAACAGCUGGAGAUGGGUAAUACUGACUUCAAUGGAUAUGUGACUUAACUGACUAGCUUGCAAGCCUUGAUCCUGAGUAGGGGAUGGAACAAUAAUGAUCGUCACCCUAGAUGACGAUUGACUAUAUGGCAACAGAAACUCACAAUAUGUCCAUGUUUAGAACUACAAUUUGACCCGAUUCACUUUAAAGGCAUUGGGUGAGGAAGGACCUCUAUGAAGAGGGACAUAUACCUGGCAUAGCUUCAAUGCCAAGACAUCAAGAGCGCCAUCAGAGUCCCACUGCAGUAGUUCUGGCAGUUGUGUGCAGCCAUCAAGGCACUGAAUAUCCAAAAGAACACAGGCCUCUAGCCUAGACAAAAUAAUGCAGUGAUCCACGUCAACUUGAUCAAUAAACCCCCAAAAAGCAAGAUGGAUGCCACGUGGCACAUGUAACUCAAGAGAAUGUAUGAGAAUUAACUCCAGGUCCAGGGUGUUACUGCACGUUCCUCCACUACUGCAGGAACACGCACUAACGACCUGAGCUAGAGAUUUAGCUUGAACCUAGGCAAGAUGCAUUAUUGCUGUAAAACUUCAUUGUAUGGUGGGAUCAUGCCCAUUGAAUCAAGAAAACAAAAUAUUGUUACUUGAUACUCUUUAAGCUUCUCUUUAGCUGGUUAUAAAUUAUAACAGAUUAUUGCAAUAACGUUCGUACCUAUUUGUAGAGCUAUAUGUGUUAAAACAAGAGGCACUGAGUGUUUUGGGGAGGGAAAUGUGAUGGAACAACUCAAGAAGUGUCAAGCUGAGGCUAUGAGGCCUUUGACCAAGCAGCAAAAAAACAAGAUGAAUCCAUUUGAGAAAAGUAUUGCACUUGUGAGUAGGACCCUCCGAACCCUACAGAAAGUUCAGGCCAUUCUAGAUUGGGGUGUGCCAAAACCAUAAAUAAAUAGCUUAUUAAAACAUCUAA